GCCCAGAAUGCCCUUGCCUCAGCGCUGAGAGCCGGGGGAGACAGAGAGGAAGGGAGAGUGAAGCUGGGAUAGAGACGCCAGCAGGUGCUGAGGAUAGAAACAAACAGGGUGUCAAGAAAAAGCUAGGUUAUCAGGGAAAAGUGUGUUAAAAGAAAAAACUAAAGAGCAGAAAAUAGGCAGACAGAAACUAUAAUACAAUCUUAGUUGUUUUUAAGCUGGAGCCCACUUAUUUUAUGCCACCCUCACUGAGCUCUUUACAAUCUCUUUCUCGUACGGAUUCUCCCUCCUCCUCCUCCUCCUCCUCCUCCUCCUCCUCCUCCUCCUCCUCUUCGUCCUGUCCUCCUCUUUGACAGACAGAGCCACCAUGGACACCGGCAGCCCCAGGAAGAUACAGUUCACCGUUCCCCUACUGGACACCCACCUGGACCCAGAGGCAGCUGAACAGAUCAGAAGACGCAGACCCACACCUGCAACUUUAGUGGCAUCCAGUGAUCAAUCAUCACCUGAAAUAGAUGAAGAUCGUCUCCCAAACCAGCUGUACAAGGCAGCCUUGUUAAACUCUCCUCGACAACGGCGAAAAGGGCAAAAGGGAACACCGACAAUGAAAGAGCUGCAGUUCAUGGUAGAGCACCAUCUGUUCAUGCAGCAGCAGGGAGCUGGGGACGAGUGCUCCUCAGAGAGCUGCCUGUCGGACCGGCCCAGCCCCGACUCUGUUCCCACCGGGGAGGAGCUACCACACGACGAUGAGGCCACUGCAGGGGCCUUUGAGAAACUGCGCUGCCAAAUGGAGGAGUUCUCAAGGGAGAGUUUAUUAGAAGCUGCUGAUGGACUCGAGUGCCCCCUCUCCAAGGAGAAGGAGGAUUUUUCCAGCGUUGCCAAUGUAGCAGAUCUCUCAUCACAACAAAACAACGCACAAGCAGAAACAAAAGCAGCAGCAUCCAGUGCGAGUCAGCCGACCGAGGAGAAAACAAAGAAAUGUAGCCUGAAGAAAGAGAAUUAGAGCUGCCUUUUGUACAACACAAAGCUGCUCAGUCUGCUCAGACGGCCCAACACAAUGACUAAAGGUUCUGUCUGCAUAUCCAAUUUUUAGAAACAUCAGGGCAUCUAUGUUCCUCUACAGUCAGGCCUUACUAUCCCGAGAACAAGAACAAAGGUUUCUAAACUUAUUUUGUGUCCAAAAUCCUGUGUGAAUUAUUUAAUUAUAAUAUAUUUGUUGUCUAUAGCCUCCCCUGCACUAAUAAAACUAGCUUAUUGUGCCAGACUGUGAGUUACUAUCUAAUUAAUGGGAAAGCAAGAGUCUUUUCCUGUUUCAGUCACACAAUCAUUAUCAUAAACUAACACGAUUCACAUGCAUAAUGUCCACUUUAAUGUUCAAAAGCAAUUUGUAAUCCUUUUAGUUUUUGUCAUUAACUGUGCCAUGACUCUCUUACUGCAAUUAUUGUUCCAUCUCAAAGCAAUACAAAUGUAUUUGUACCUCAUAGAUAACUGGGACCGAAAUCAUCACUUUUAAAUUCAAAUGUCAUCAUUUAGUUAGUUAGAUGCACAAUCUUAAAUGAGUGGGUAGAACAACUGGGUUGAUUUACAGUUUAAAUCAAAAAUAUAUCCAUGUUUGUUUACACUAAUGGAUUGGACAUUCUUAAAGUACAACUGAAAUACAAUUGCAUGUUAUUUUUCUGCUGCAGCAUGUAGAGCUGCGAUUAGUCAAUUCAUUGAUUGACAGAAAAUGUAUGGGCAACUAUUUUGGUAGUCAAUUAAUCCUUUUGAUUCAUUUUUUGAAGAAUAAAUGCCAUAAUCCUCUGGUUUCAGCUUCUCCAUUGUGAGGAUUUGCUGAUUCACUUAGUCUUCUUCUAUGACAUAUAAAAUAUUUGGACUGUUAGUCCGACAAAACAAGACGUCAUC